GGAUGGCGAAGAAGCCGGAGGACAAGAGGGUUGCGUCCAAUUGCAUGAAGGAAGCCACGAAUAGGUACUUGAAUUUCAUGGAUGACGCAGCCCAGGCUCUUCCUGAUAAGUGUGGUGUAAAGAUGGAUUUCCCAGUCUCUAGACGCAUCAUCGACUGCGAGUUGUAA